AUGGUUAAGGUUACGGAUACUUUAGAGCCAGGGCCCUCUUCAAGUCAUGAUGCAGCCAGAGAGGAGGCCAGAGAUAUUCAAAUAGAAGAAGAGGCUAAGGAUGACAGUGCACGUAGUGACAGCAGCACAGAUGAGGAGGAGGAAGCAGUGAAGAGCAAGGAACAAUGCUGUGCUCUCUCUGGUGAUAAUAAACAGACAGAAAUCACACGACACAGAGGUGGUUCAGUGCUGUUACCCUGCUCCUGCUCUGACCUCAACACCAAACCUCAGACAUUCACCUGGGAGACCAGCAGAAAAGGACAUUUCACAGAAAUGUUAAAUGAUGAGCACUACCGUGGCAGACUUCAGCUGUUUAAUAACAUUUCUCCUGCUAAUCUGUCUCUGCUCCUAUCUGACCUGAGAGAAGAGGAUGAGGGAGUCUACAGGUGCAGAACUGAGAGGGAACACAGAGACAUCACGCUUUAUGUUAAAGGCUGUGAGCUGGUGAAGGCAGGGUUAGAGGCGGUGACUGGGUUCACAGGAGAGUCUGUAGUUCUGCCCUGCGUCUGCACUGACCUACAGGACAAACCAAAGUCUGUAAAAUGGGAGUUUAGAAGAGAAUCUGGAACAGAUUAUCAGAAAAUUUACCCUGAACAGACUGGACAUCACAGGAACAGAGUCAAACUGGUCAGUAAAAACCCUCCAGGAAACCUCUCUCUACUCAUAUCAGACCUGACUGAAGAGGAUCAGGGAGAGUACAGAUGUUCUGUACAGGCUGAUCACAGAGAUAUCAGACUAUCUGUUAAAGUCAGAAGAAGAGAAACUUCAACACACUCAAGCAAAACAGACACAACACCUCCAUCAGAACCAACAACACUGGAACAAGAUAAACAGCAAACACACAGCAGCCUCCCUAUAGGUGCCAAAACUUUUCAUUUUAUUCAAUAAUGAAAAGGUAAAAAAAAAAAACAUCCCUAUUACGUUUAUUAACUUUGUUGUGUUUUAUGACAGUUUUUGGCAUUCUGGCGGUUUUAUUGUUGGUGAUACCUGGUGUAGUGACAUUUAUUUGUUGGAGACGUAGAGGUACGCGCGCGCACACACACACACACACACACACACACACACACACACACACACACACACACACAUGCAUACACGCUGAGAUUGAUUAACUGAAAGCCUUUUGAACCAGAAGCUAUCAAACCAGCAGCACUCCUGUAAGUCACUCUGGAUAAGGAAAACUAAAGGUUUUUUCUCUUUAGGAGGAAGAUGUGGAGAGAACAGGAUGACUGAAGAACGUCCAGACUGGAAGAGAAAGCAGAAGGAUCAGACUGGACCAGAUGCUACUUACUCCACUGUAACCCACAUUAACACAGCUGGAGCAGCGCGGGUUCAGAUCAACGCUGGAGAGAAAACUGAAUACGCCAGCAUUAUAACAAACUAAUCCACAGUAAAUAUCGAUCCAUUCUCAGAUAUUGUACAAUAAUGCUGAAAACGUAUAUUAAAUACACACAAGGUUCAAGCACCAGCUUCACAAUAUUGGCUGUUUUGUGAUUAUUAUUUUGCUGUUAGAAAUCAUAUUCACGGACAUGCCUGUGUGUGAUUUGGGGGAUGGGGGCGGGGUUUCCAGAGUAUUGCGUUACCUUUACUUAUGUUAGCUAAGCGUAUUCUUCGUUUGCAACCAUGUGACCAAAACUGCUUGCGUCAUUGACCACCGCCAUGUUGGAGGAUCUACAAUAUACACAUCUAUACACAGUGGUAAGACAUACAGUGGUAAGAGUGCAGACUAGAAGGUAAAGAGGAGUUACAUUUCGAAGCGUGUAGUCAUUUCUCAAAUCUAUUUUAAAAACAAUAAUUUUGACUGCUUCUAAAGAGAGGUAUCUCACACACUAUAUCACAUUUAGUUAUAAAAGAGCACUCACUGGGCGAGGAGGCUGCACACUGCAAAAAAUGAUGUCUUAGCAUGUGAAAAUAUCUUGAAAAUAGUUGACAUGCUCUAGCAUUUCCUAUUAGAAGAAUACAAGACACCAAUUCUGGGAUUAUUAAACCUAGUUCUAGAUUGCAAUCAACUUAUUCUAAGAUGUCUUAUCAAGUAAAAAUAUCUGUCCAUGCAGCAAGAUAAUUUCACUAGUAUGAAGUAAUUUGCUCCUCAAAUUCAGUUUUCAAUUUUUUGCAGUGCAGUAUCUGAGGUAGUGGAUUAACAUGAAUCUUGUUCGAUUGACUCUGUGAUCGUUUGGGAAGAUUGUUCAAUAAUUUUGCAUUUCUUUCUGCACUCUGUAAGCCUAGCAUUUCGAGCUACUGCUUUAGUACCAUCUUUGAUUUUGUUGUGGCUCAUAUUUUGUGUUGGAGCCCAGUCUGGAUCUGUAAAAUUGUAGAGAUCAGCUGGUUACCCUAAUGAAAAGAAAAAGUAAAAUAAAAGCAGCGUCAUCAAAAAUAUAGCUCUUUUUAAAAUGAAAUAAUCGUAGAAGCCUUUGAUUGUCGGCUCACGCACUCGAUGAUCACAGCUUUGUCACGUUUGACAGCGGCAAGUUUCUGCACGACCAGGCUAUUAAACGAUCCAAUAUUUCUUAUAUAUUGUGAUCUUUUAUUCAUAACUAGUUCGUAGCACUUACCAUUGAUAAAAUGUUCACUGCAGACUAAUGUGGCUUUUGCUUUCUCAUCACUUAGAUCAGCCCAGUUUAUGUUGGACAGCCAUUGACGUCUGUGCUCCGUGGAGAACUCUCCUGUUUUGUUUCCUUGAUUAUUUAAAAUUGCUGGAAUUCUAAAGAACUUACAAGUCCUCUUGUCUCGAAUAGAGUUGUGCCCGCAUCCAAUUACAGCACAAAGAGUAGGCAUAGUGAAGAAACAAAAGGAAUUCUUGAGCGUAACAACCUCUCAAGCAUAUCUUCUAUCUUAAAUGUGCGCCACGUGAGUUUGUGUAUAUCCUCCAACAUGGCCCACUUCCGGUUCAAAGCCUCAUGCAUAAUUAGCUAUGAUGUCACAUGCAAACGAAGAAUUGUUCUGCAUUGUCUCUGUCUGUUAAUCAUUUAAAAAUUGCUGAUGGACAAUCUUGCAAGUUAUGAUUUGAGUGUACAUGUCAUUUUAGAUCUUUUGUGUCCCAUUCUUAUAGCAGGUUAAGAAAUGAAAGUUCUAGAAGCAUAAUCCUGUUUUGUGUAAGAAGACUCCUAUACAUGUUCUGGUUUGUGACUUUCAUGGAAAGUUUGACAGCUCCUGACUUCAAAUCAAUCAAAUUUCAUGAAUUCUUCUUUCAGUCUUAAACUCCAGCAAAACUUUGUGUCUCUCCAACUUAUUUUUCCCAUCUGCAAAAUACUUUCAAAACUAUUGAAUACAGGUUCAAAAUGAAACAAAAUAUUUUUGAAAGUGUGAAUCAGUGUGUAAAGACCUACCUGUUCACCGAGGACUUAAAUUAGCAAAUACUUGUAUUGUCUUUUUCAUGAGGAACGAACCUCUCAACACUGUGUUUAAUCUGAUGAGACCCUUAGUCCCUGUCCUAGUGAAAUAACAUGAGGAUGUGUUUUUGAGAGACUUCUGUAAGCACUUCUGUCGGUCAUUUACAUUUAUGGCCAAAUGGCAUUCAUGUAAAUGUUCGUGUGAAACUUUUUUUAGUCUUUUUUUUUUUUCAGUGUGCUUGAUCGAUACCUUACAUGCAUAGUGUGUCGAUGUACAGUAUGUGGCGAAUAUAUUUAUACUUUUUGUCACAUUCUUGGAAUUAACAUGGUUUCAUGUGUUUUUGAACAUUCCCUCUGAAAUUUGUGUAUUUUUGUUUUAGUGGACUAUAUUCCAGUGUUUCUACAACCCCCAAUUCCAAAAAAGUUGGGACGCUGUCUGAAACCUCAAUAAAAAGAGAAUGUGAUGACCUGCAAGUCAUGGAAACCCUAGAUGUCAUUGAAAAUAGUACGACAUCAUAAAUGUUGAAAUUGAGAAUUUUUAUUGUUUUUUUGAAAAGUAUCUGCUCAUUUUGAAUUUGAUGCCAACAACACAUUUCAAAAAAAUUGGGACAGAGGCACGGUUACCACUGUAUUGUAUCACCUCUACUUUUAAUAACAUGUUCGGGAACUGAGGAGACCAAUUGCUGUAGUUUUGAAAGUGAAAUUUUGUCCCAUUGGUGCCCGAUAUAUAAUUUCAGUUGUUCAGCGGUUGCUCAACUGGCAUGGACUGAAGGCAGGCCAGUUUAGCGCCCAGACUUUUUUUUUUUUCUUUACUAUGGAGCCAUGCAGUUGUAAUACCUGCAGAAUGCGUUUUGGCAUUGUCUUGCUGAAACAAGCAAGGCCUUCUCUGAAAAGUUGCUGAUGUUAAUGUUAGCUGAUAUUAGUGGGUUUUUUUGAUCAUUGUGUUCUGAAUGAUAAGGUGUUCAUGUUGAGAGAGAGAGAGUCUUUGCUAGUGUUCUGGUAGAUAAGGUGAUUUUGAGGUGUGUUGUGCAUCUUUGAUGUGAGGUUAACUGCUGUAAUGAUAAAGUGAAGAAUUUGAUAAAUUUUGUUGUUUUUUGAAACAACAGUUGAUAAAGUGAAGAAUUUUGAAAAAGUGAAUUCAGUAAUGAGAAAUGUAGUCUAUGUCACCUGCUGUAAAAAAUAAAAAUA